AUGGCGACACCUGAGGAGCUCGCUGAGCUCUCUGAAGCCCGUAGAGAGUUGGCCGCUACGCGCCGUUCCCUCCGGGAUACUCGCGAGGCUCUCAACAACAUCAUCUCCGACGAGAAGGAUGAUACUCAGCAGCUUAUGAGCGACCUCGCGUCCAAGGAGGCCAGUAAUCUUUCUAAGAUAGGUAGCCUCGAGGCCCGUAUUGCUGAACUUGAGGCCCUGGCUGACCGAUCCGUCAGCGAGAUAUCACGGAAGGAAGGUUUCAGUCGACUCUCUCCACGGUCCGAGGAGGAGGAGCAUGAGGUGUAUACCACUCCGAAGUCACGCUCCUCACGAUGCCCGGCAGCGACAGUGACUAAGUUAUGUCUGCCUCAACUCUGUGAAGCAACAGAUCUCCAAUCGCACUAUCAUGCUAUUGAACACACCUUCGUUGAAGCAGGAGCCGCUGAGUAUCACCAGCAAGGACAUUUGCUAGUGCACGAGGAGGUCAAAGUAUCUGUCAUGACCAAAUUCCUUUCCUCUCUGAGUAAUGUCCGACCGGUCCAUAAGAAGGCCACUGUAGCGUCACGUACCCACUCACAGGAUUGGAAUUUGGUCCGCAAUGUCCUUCUGACGAGGUAUUGCCGCAGAUCAGUGUUGAAGGAGACCUACGAGGAGAAGUUACGCAAUCUCACAUUUACAGGGGUUAAGCAGAUCGAGGAUUUCCUGGAGUCCGCCGCCGAUAUCUACCAUCUAUUCACAGAUGUCUACCCGAACGACGU